CCUACCUGGCUUCGGGGAGAGGGCACCAUUAGAGGCAGGUGUGGCACUGUAAACAGCCUUGCUAGGGAGAGAGAAGGUGGCCGAGAUGGGACUGUCUGCUGAUGAGCUGAAACAGGGGCUGCAGGCCACGGCAGAGGCAGUCCUGGGAAGGCUGCGGAGCCACCAACUGUUCCAGUCUGAAUGGGAUGUCGCCGCCUUUGUGGUCUUUCUCACAUUUGUGGGCACAGUGGUGUUGUUGCUGUUGCUGGUCAUUGUCCACUGCUGCUGCUGUUGCUGCUGCAGCACCUCCCCCAGGCCCCGGAAGGAAAAACUCAAGGGCGUGGACAACUUGGCUCUGGAACCUUAACGCUAGCCCUUGGCAUGGGUCCUGCUGGAAGACAGUAAUAGAGCCAGUGUUUGCCAAAGCCUGAGUCUGGACUGUUUUAAACCAUCCCGGGCAGUGUGGUAGCUCACCAUGAUGCACACGUGGUUCCCCGUACACUCAGGGCCUGAACGCCCAUACCAUAGGGCCACUCUGCAGCUGGGGGUCUCUUUCUCAAAGGAAUGUUCUGCCUGGGCACAGGCACUCAAGAGGCUGAGGCAGGGGGAUUGUGAACUCCAGGCCAGACUCCACCUUGAAGGGCUUGACAUGGUGUUAAGUAAGGCCUUAGGAACAUGAGAGGUCAUUGAUCACCAGGGACCUCCAACCUAGUCCCUAAUAAGCAGGGAGACACACAGAAAACAGGGCUCCAGUCAAAAUCUGAUCUUUAUUUCCUCGAGGUGGCUGAGGUCGUAGACGUAUUUACAGGUCAUCUUCCCCCUGCCCAGGUCCCUCUUCCUUCCC